UUGGUAAAUAAUAAACAAAAUGUAUUUCAGAAACUCAGGCGAAACGAUGGCCGUGGCAGCCAAGGCAACGGUGUUGGUCCUUCGAUCAAACUUCCAGUCAACCGAGACCGGGACCGAGCUGGAGGUAAAUCCCAUUGAGAUCGAACAGGUUUUCUCACAACCCAGAUGGAGGAGCUAAAGCUAAAGUACCUGGACAGGACGAGCGACUUCCUCGGGACCAGCAGCAUCGAGGAUAAAGAGGAGGAAGUGGCGGAGCCGGGUCCAAUUGAUAGCUGGGAGUCCUUUAAUGAGCGAGUCGAUGGGCUCAUCCUUAACGAGCACUGCGACAGUUCGGUAAAGAAGCUGGAGGACCGGCGUCUGGAGAUCCUCGACCGGGUUCGCCAGCAGUUCCGUGAACCGGCCAAGGGUUCGGCAACGGAGCACGGACAGGUUCAGAAGGCGCCCAUCGAGCAGCAGCUGGAGGCGUCCGGUCAGGCCCUCGACGAGCUAGUUCGAUUCGGCAACGUUCUGGUUACCAAUGUCCGGGUGGCCAACGAGCGGCGUGAACUCAACCGCCGUCUGUUCGAGGCCACGCAGAAAAGCCGGGUGCAGGCGAAGCUUCAGGCCGAGAGCAUAGAGACGGUAGCCCGGUUUGCCGACAUUAAGGCACGCUGGACGGAGCUGGAGGAGAUCAAUGAACCGAUGAUGCUAUGGGAUCAGAUUGAAGAGCAGAAAAAACGAAUCGCAGCCAUAAUGGCCCGCAAGGACGAGAUGAUUGCUGCCUGCCAGCAGGAGGUGAAUCGCAUGAAUGCCAAGUACGAGUUCGAUCGUGAGCGGCAGUCGCAGGACCUGUGCGGCCUGGUAGAGCGCGUAGACCACCAGGUGGAGACCCUGAAAGAGGCCUACAAGCAGCACCUGCAGCUGCUGCGCCAAACUAUCGAGGAGGAACGCCAGAUCUUUUCCACUGGUGCCGUUGAGAAGUGGCGCACCUUCUUCGAUGCCAUGAAUGCAAAUUUCGAGGAAAAGGCCAACUUGGUGCGUUCGCGGGAGCAGUUCUAUGCCCGCCAGACGCAACAGAUCAACGAGUCGCAGGAGGAGCUGACCAAGAGCACCCGUAUCCGGCUGGAGAAGGAGUGCGAACGCCUGGAGCUCGAGUUGCGUCGAACGCGUGACAACGUGUUGAUGAACUCCGAGAAGCUGGACUACAACUACGAGGUUCUACAGAAACGCAACGAGGAGAACGCUAUCAUCAACGGCCAACAGAAGCGACGGGUGGCCCGCCUCCAGGAAGCUAUUGGGCGCACCAGGCGCGGCCUACGGGGGCACUGCCUUACCGGCAAGCGGAACAUUGCCCGGCUCUCCGCCGACAUCUACAAACUGCACGCCAACAUCAACGACAUGGAGGCGAAGGCGCAUCAGGCGCGAAUCAACAACCGCGAGAAGUUCGAUCGCAUCUGGGACAUUAACUACAGGGAGCUCACCGUCCUGGUGGAACGGAUCUACAGCAUCGAUCGCACCAUUCACGACCAGCAGCUGGCCAUGGCCUGGUCCCGUCCGGUGCCGCCCAUUCCCAAUAUCAACCAGGCGAAGACGAAGCCAAGUAACGUCCUCCAAAAGUUCGACAUGCGCAUAGGGCGGCUGCCUAAGAACCGGGGACUAUCAAGUGGCGGAAGAGGAGGCUCUGGCGGCGGGAAGCAGCAUCGUCCGGAUAUCAAGGAGCUGCCACCGGAUUCUCUACGCCUGAUGCGGACUCUCAUCCGACAGCUUUCCGAUCGCGGUGGCUUUCUAAUUGAGGAUCGACUGCUGGAGAUUCUGGAGCCAUACUCCGAGGAGGACAAGUGCCUGGUGCGCAUUGACAAUAUCUUUGCAGCCUUGCAGAUCCGCCAUCUGCGGGACGUGCAGAAGCUGACCAGUGUGUUCCUGCCGUAUACAUACUGCCCCACCUGCCAGCCGGAGGGCUUGAGUCCACGUAAAUGCGCCGAGGUCUUUUUUAGGGAUCGGAAGCCAGGAUUAGGGCUAGAACUGGAGAGCGAGGAGGAUUCGUCAAAAGAUUGUCCCAAUCACUACCUUGUAAUGGAGCCUGCUCUCUGCCUGCAUGCCAUGAACCUCUUCACCUCCAAGUUGCACCAGCAGAUGCACGAUCAGGAACGCACCGGCGUCAGCAGUCGUCAUGUAGUCACUCCCAUCCAGAUUACGGACACGGAGAUACGCGACUUCUGGCGGCAGUUUGCCGCCUGCUUUCCGCCCGCCAAGCGCAAGCUGUGGAAGACCCUCGAGCAUGGCCUGAAUCACUAUGUGGAGGUCCUCAAGAUGCGCGUGCAGUACGAUGCGGAGGUGGUCUUCCUGCGACGACAGAACGAGGAGCUGCGCCACCUGCUCCAGAAGUUCACCGUACAGCUCUGAGCGGCAGCAAUGGGAAUUUUGUUAUAACGAUUCAUAAUCCAAAUGAAGAUCUCACUUAAUUUCUGUUCAAUUGUGUCGGUAAAUGAAUAUAUAUGCAUAUAUGCACGGGUAAUUGCACCUUAAGUCGUGGCUUUUGACUUGCCCAGUGGCAUAAAUGGGGACUUGGAAGUGUUCCUGUCCCCUGAAGAGGGGAUAAAGAUUAUUCAGAUGCUUUACAUCUUUGAUAAUUAAGAAGCAAUAUCAUGUACAUAUGUAGAUUCUA